AUUACUUGCUGAGCUCUAUUGUUCUUUACAGCAACAACACCACGGGACCGGGCUGUGUGCAUAAGCAUUCUUCCGCCGAGUCCGCGGCUUAUUCUGUUACCAACAUCACAAUGCCCGUGAAUACCGUGUCUGUGGCUACAGCAGUCACGCCGAUCGUCAUUGAAACCUAUGUCUCGCAUUAUCUCAACCGCAAACCGCUGCGACAGAAGCCCACGGCGCAUAUCACCUACCAUGAAGGCCUCGAGCUCAUCCGCCGGUUCCUACAUUACUCCUCCUUUCACACUGUUGAAGAGAUCCAGGCCUUCACAUCACAAUGGGUUCCUGUACCGACUUGGGUCCAUGUGGAAGUGUUGGAGAUACCUAAUGGCCUCUUGGGCAAGUCAGCCGAGUAUCUUCAGGCCCAACUCGGUCCCGAAGGGAUUGAGCAAGUCGGCGGAAAGACGUGGUGGCAGUGGAGGCGUGACAACACUGCAUUGAAGGCAGAGUGGAUCGAGAUGCGAAAGGAUUACGAGGAGCGCAAGAAGGUCGGUGGUGCCAAAGGGCAGCGGAUCAUGUUGUAUGUGCACGGAGGCGCGUACUACUUUGGCAGUGUUGACGAGCAUCGAUAUCAAAUGCAACGGCAUGCAAGGAAACUGAAAGCAAGAGUUCUGGCACCGAGAUAUAGACUUGCACCUCAGUUUCCGUUUCCAUGUGGACUUAUGGACUGUUUGGCUGCAUAUCUAUAUCUACUCGAGGAAAAGCACGACCCUUCUACCAUCGUACUUGCUGGAGACUCUGCUGGCGGAGGAAUGGUAGUGAGCAUGCUGGUGACCUUGCGCGACCAAGGAAUCCCUCUGCCAGCCGGUGCAAUCCUGAUCAGCCCUUGGGUGGACCUUACGCAUUCUUUCCCGAGUCUGGGAGGCGAUGGAAAGAUGGACUAUAUUCCUACGCACGGUUUUGUCCAUAAGCCUAGUGCGAGCUGGCCACCUCCCAAUGCAGACGACUUACUCGGAUUCGAGCGAAACUCUCCCCGCUUGCCACAGAAAGAGAAGAGAUCCCCACGAGUGUCAUUCUCUAGACCUAGCAAAGAAGAGAGAGAAGCACAAAAAGAAGUGCGCAUGGACCGCGUGCGUGGCUUCUCUGUCCGAUCAGAUCGGCCUGAUGCCGAUGCCCUGUUGACACCCCCAGAAGACAACGUAGACUUGUUCGUGUCGGCAGAAGGGAAAUAUAGUAUUGGGCCGAAAUCAAUACUUUCAGUACAGCUGGACGGAUCUCGAAUUGAGGUCAAAGACCAGAUCCAACUGUAUGCAGCUAAUCAUCUUCUCACGCACCCACUCGUCUCUCCCGCGCUACAGCCUUCGCUCGGUGGAUUACCGCCUCUACUGAUUCAAGUAGGAGGUGGAGAGCUUCUUCGAGAUGAACAAAUUUACCUCGCACAUAAAGCCGCAUCUCCUCUAUCUUACCUCCCACCUCCGUCAAACCAUCUCACAGCCGAAUACAUCCAAUCUGAGGCGGCCCGAUACCGACCCACCAAUGUUCAGCUCCAAGUCUGGGACGACCUCUGCCACGUAGCGCCUACACUGAGUUUCACCCGCCCCGCAAAAUACAUGUAUCGUAGCAUCGCCCAGUUUGGUGCUUGGGCACUUGCACGAGCCCAAAAGACUGCGAUUGAUAUUCUCGAUGAUGAUAGUGUUUCCAUCAUCAGUACAGGGUCGUCCGAUUCGGUAACCACCGAGUCAGACAGUAAACUCUCCCCCGAUGAAAUCAAGCUAACAAUGCCGCAAAGCGCUCAGUAUGUUGGCUUCGAGAGUAUCAGUAAGAAAGUGAGUAAAGGCGACGCCGUUGGUAAAGCAGGUGAUCCCCUUCCGCCGUUCGAGAAACAUAUGAUCAGGCAACGUAUCGACCGACACGGCACAAUCCACCCCCUUCCUCCCCCACCCGAGAUUCCCGCCUUGAACAUUCCGUCUAUUGAUAUCGGAGUCCCGAAGCCAGGGCCGAUUAAUAAGUGGAUGAAGGCGCAGAAACAAUGGAAUGGAAAAUUCGCAAAGCAGAAGCUGAAGAUUCAGAAGAAGAGACUGAAGGAUAUGGAAAUGGGGUAUGAGGGGUUUGAUGGGGAGACACCGCCACCGACUGCACUUGCCGGACGGAGGGUGAAGGGUAUGAAGGCCGAGAAGAGGAAGAAGAAGAGUUGGGGAAUGGCGCUUUGGAGUCUGUGGGGGAGUAAACAUGAUGAGAUGACGAUUGUCCGCGAAGAAAAAGCAGACCAAACCCCAGAUCAAGAACCCUCCACAACAGAUGAACCGCCCACUCCUCCCAUCGUCGACGGCGCCGCAAGCAGCAAACCUGAACCCACUUCCCCCAAACAGCCCCCCAAAGACCGCCGCAGAACUUUCUCCCGUACCCGCCCUUCUAAUCUUAAACUCCCACCCCCAACAUCCCGCUCACGCUCCCACUCCCGCCACUCCAACGUAAUAGACAAAGGCCAAAUAACCCUCUCAAUGGAAGACCUCACUCAUCUCGCACCCGUCGCCCCCGGUCUCGCAGACGCCACCGUCAUCGCCCCGGAGCGAAGAGCAAGUCUGCUUCCAUUUCCCACCUCCCCAAUCGGCACCACUCCAAGAAUUGAGGUUGAGGAUAUGUCGAGGCCCCAGAGCCCGGAGACUCUGAUUCCGUUGAGCCACACGCUUAGUACGAGACCGACGAGAGGGGGUGUGGCGUAUCCUUUUCGAUUGAAAGUGGAGGGGGAGGAGGGGAAGGAGGUUAAUGCUAGUACGGUUACUUUGCAGAGUUUGAGUGUUGGGGAAUGGGAAGAGCCUGGUACGCCUGGGUUGGUGGUGGAUGGGGAGCAGCGUGUUGGGGUAGACGGAACUGGAGAGAAGGUAGAGAGGCCGUGUCCAGAGAGAUUUGUUACUGCUGGUGUUGGAGACUUUGGACAUGUUGAUGACGAGGCAAUUGGGGGGAAUAGGGGUAGAGCGGAAAAGGAGGAGAGACCGGGCGUGGAUAGACCUGAAACCGCACAUGAGGAUCUGAGUACGCUUGCUUCCGAUAGGAAGGGGAAGAACGCUUGAUUAUUCGGAAUUGCGCAGGUUGAUUGUCGGUCAACAUGUACAUACGUUUGAUACCCAUUCGUUCGUUUUGGCCCACAGAUUACACCGUACUUGUAAUAUACCAUACUCUCGUACACUUGGAUGUGGU